GUAAAUUGGGAUCUACCAACAUCAAUUACUAAAAUGUACGAAAAACUAGCUCGAAAAAAUUAAUAAAAAAAAGAAAAGAAAAGCUGGCUCCAUAUAUUUGAAAGACUCACUCAUCCAUGGCCGUAGAAAAAAAAGGUUCCCAACAACAAAUAUUGGAGAGUUUAUCUUGUCUUGUAACUUCCCCUCUUCAAAUCCUUCAAAAACUUCAACCCCUACAAUCGACCUUCUUGAUUUUAUAUUCCAGCUGCAUACGUUGUGAUGGCAGACGAAGAGGAAAAGAAGGAAAUUCACAUUUCUAUAUUUAAGAAGCUGGAGAAAUUGCAUUCAGCGAUAUUGCCAAAGCAGAAAAUUUUCAGGCUGAGUCGUGACGUGCUUGAGGUGAAUAAAAAAGCCUAUGAACCCUACAGCGUCUCUAUCGGUCCUUACCAUUAUGGUGAGGAACACUUGAAGAAAAUGGAAAUGCACAAGGUGCGUUUUCUGAGAAUGCUUCUCGAUAGAAAUGGUAUCGAGCUGGGAAUAUACGUGGACGAGGUGAGAGGUAUCGCACAAGAAGCUCGUGAUUAUUACUCACAGGCUAACGAAAUUGGAGGCUCCGUGGAAGGUUUCAAUCAUCUACUGCAUUUAUUACAGUCGAUUUGGUCUCCUUCCUUCCAAAAAAUGGACCAGGCGUCGCGGUUAGAUGAUUUCAAGUGGUCUUUCAUGCAUUCCGCUUCAGAACUGAGUGAAGCAGGAAUCCAGUACGUGAACAAAUUUGAAACCGGGAGCUUAUUUGAUAUAGAGUUCAGAAGUGGAAAGGGGAUACUCGAGAUUCCAACUAUGAUAAUUGAUGAUAAUACAGAGAGUUUCUAUCAUAAUAUCAUUGCCUUUGAACAGUACUCCACGGAUGGAGGAUACCUCACUUCCUAUUGUCGUCUCAUGGAUUGCCUCAUCAAUUCAGACAAGGAUGUGGAGUUACUUCGUAGAUGUGGAAUAAUUGUUAACUACUUAGGCAAUGAUCAAGCAGUCGCCACCAUGUUCAAUAAGCUGGGUAUUCAAGUUGGCAUCUUUGGAAAUGACUUCUUUUAUGACUCGUUAUUUUGCAGCGUCAAUGAGUAUUAUGAUAGAACCUGGAACAAAUGGAAAGCAACAUUAAGGCGUGAUUAUUGCAAUAGUCCCUGGGCAUUCAUCUCUGUCGUCGCUGCAGUUUUCUUGCUUCUGCUUACACUGCUACAAACUAUAUUUACGGUAUCCCCCUCCGCACCUUGAAUGAUUUAAAUACACAUGCGAUGGAGCCGAAAUGUGUGACAAAUUCAAGUUGACAGGGUGUGCUACAUAUCGUAUGUGUGUAAGUUCUGUUUUGUAUGUUGCAUAUAGUUGUUUCUACUAUUGUCAGUUAUCAUAUCAUGUUAUUGUUUAAGGGAGUGUAUGUUUCUUUAGCCUGGCAGAUUUAUUGUAAUGUAUGGUUUUGCCCUACUUAAUGAAAGUUGUUUAAAAUA